AUGGCGGCAGUACGCAGUCUACUGGUGUCGAUAAAGCCAGACAGCGGUCCAGACCGCUCAGAAUCGGACUCGGAUUCAGACUCGGACCGAGAUGCCCGUGAAUCUGAACCGAUGGAGGUGGAGGAGGGUGAACUCAAGGUGGAAGACAUCCCCGUUAACCGGUCUUUGAAGGAAUUGUUGCCGGUGAGGGAUGUAGGCCUCACCAGAUCGCGGGCUCGCGUACCUUCGGGGGCCUGUGAAUAUUGCCUUGUUAUUGGAGGAGCUCAGCGUGCCUUAAGCUAGCAAGAUAGCUAGCGGCUAGCUAGUGUUAGCCAGUGUAGCUAGUUGACAUCCUCACCAUACCUGUCUGUGUUGUUACAGUAUAUUGUUGGUUCUAGCGUAAGCAAGCUAACUUUACAUAUUUUAUGACAAACAACGGUUAUCUUAGCAUUUAACUCUGCCUAACUACCGUUGGCUAGUUAAUUCAAUUGACGUUAAGUUUCAUGACAGAAACCCCCUCGUUACAUAGUUAAUAAUACAACGUACUAGUUAGUUAGCAAACUAAUUUUAACGUCCCCAAGGACAGAGGUUUGGUGCUAGAUCUUGCCACUUUCAAUUUGCCAGCUUUUUUUUUUUUAGGGGUGGGGGGUGUUGUAUGAUAGACUCAAUGCACACCAUCUUGUUUUGUCAACAGUCAUUCAUUGUAAAGAACAAACGUAAACUGUCAGCAAUACAUUGUUAGCUAGGCUACCCCACAGUAAGAAAGUGCGUCUAAUGUACACAUUUAUUGACAUUUAACCAGGACACAAGUCGCCGGUAUGAGAACAAAGCUGGCACAUUCAUCACUGGAAUCGAUGUCACAUCAAAGGUACAGUAUUGUAACCAUACCUGCAAGUGAUCUGACAAAAACGUUUACACUAAUACUAGUUCCAUCACUCAAAAGUAAGAGGUUAAACUUUUAACUGCCAUAACUGUGUUUGUUUGUUUCUAGGAGGCGAUUGAGAGGAAGGAGAAGAGAGCGGAAAGGUUCCACUUCCGUGCAGAGGCCAACCUGGCCCAGAAGAAUGUGGUGUUGGACAGAGACACCAUGAAGAAAGGUAGAUACACACACGUACAGUGCCUUCAGAAAGUAUUCACACCCCUUGACUUAUUCCACAUUUUGUGUGGAUUUCAAAAUGGAUUAAAAUAUUUAUUUUUUCUCACACACAAUACCCCAUAAUGACAAAGUGAAAACAUGUUUUUGGAAAUGUAUUGAAAAUGAAAUACAGAAAUAUAAUAAGUAUUCACACCCCUGAUACAAUACUAAGUAGAAGCAGCUUUGGUGGCGUUUACAGCUCUGAGUUCUUGGGUAUGUCUGUUCACCUUUGUAUAUCUAGAUUUGGGGAUUUUCUCCCAUUCUUCCUUGAAGAUUUUCUCAAGCGCUGAACAGCAAUCUUCAAGUUUUUCCAGAUUUGUCAAUGGAUUCAAUUUGUGUGAUCAGACCACAAAAUAAUUUGCCUUAUGAUCUGUCUUUCAUGUUUAUUUUUUGCAAACUCCAGGCAUGCCAUCAUGUGCAUUUCUCAGGAGUGGCUUCCGUCUGGCCACUCCCAUAAAGGCUAGAUUGGUGAAGUGCUGUAGAGACGGGAAAACCUGCCAGAAGGACAACAAUCUCAGCCUAGUUCUGUCAGUGGUCAUUGGCUUCCUGGUCACCUCCCUGACCAAGGUCCUUCUUGCCCGGUUACUCAGUUUGGUUGGAUGGCCAGCUCUAGGCAGUCUGGGUAGUUCCAUUAUUUUUCAAUUUCCCAAUGAUAGAGACCACUGUGCUCUUGGAAACUUUCAACACUAGAAAUUGUUUUAUACCCUUCCCCAGAUUUAUGCCUCAUCACAAUUCUAUCUCAGAGAUCUACUGACAUUUCCUUUGGACUUCAUGGUAUAGUUUCUGCUCUGACAUGCACUGUCAACUGUGGGGACCUUGUAUAGACCGGUGUUUCUUUUCUAAAUCAUGUCCAAACAAUUUAAUUGACCACAGAUGGACUCAAAGUAAAUUGGAUGCACCAGAACUCAAUUUGGAGUGUCAUAGCAAAUAGGUGUGAAUACUUAUGUAAGUGAGAUAUUUCUGUAUUUCAUUUUCAAUUAAUGUUUUCACUUUGUCAUUAUGGGGUAUUGUGUGUAAGUCUUCAAUCCAUUAUGAAUUCAGGCUGUAACACAACAAUGUGUAAAGUUAAGGAGUAUGAAUACUUUCUGAAGGUACUGUAUACACACACACACAGUGCUGGAUAAAGAUGAAAGGUACACACUUACCCGGCUUUUUAUCACUCACACUAGGGCUGUGACAAGUAUCGCAAUAUUUGUUCCAUGGCAAAAAUGAAAACACGAAGCAGACUACUCUUUGGUCCUUUAAAAACCUACUGUAUGUAAAAUAUUGUGUAUUAUAGCUUGGAAAAUGAAUACGUGUGACUGGAUUACAACAUCAUGUUUUUUUCCAACAUUAGUGCUGUUAAAGAAGUUAAAUCCACUUCGUGUUUUGUUUCCUUGCCACGAUACUUACAAAUAUGGCGAUAUUGGUAUUGUCCCCGGCCCAUUUCACACCUAUGCACACACUGAAUACACUCUCCCUCCCUUUCUCAGCCAUCCCUAACUUGCGCCUGGAGGCGUUGCACGUGGCGGGUGUUGAUGAUAUGAGCACCCAGGAUGUGUUUGGUUACUUUAAGGAUUACCCUCCAGCACACAUCGAGUGGAUUGACGACACCUCCUGUGAGUAACACACACACACACACACACACACACAGAGGCGACUGACAAGUGGUCUGUUUUUAACAGGCCAUUAAAUAUUGUUUCCUAGGUAAUGUGGUGUGGCUGGAUGAUGUCACUUCCACCCGGGCUCUGAUCAACAUCAGCCGCAUGCCUGACCCAGAGGUGGUUACCACGGAGACAGACCACACCAAAGAACCUGGUGAUCCCACCCAGGAGAGCAAGGGUGAGUGUGCUGUGUGUCCAUUUUGGAGUGUGUGUCCAUGUUCCAAUGUUCACUGUCUUUGUAUGUCUUAUGAUUACAUGUGGUGGGUAAUUCUGUGUUGAUGGUCAGGACUGCGACGUGGUGUUUGUGGUCAGUGUGUGUUGUCAGUCAUAUGAGGCAUGCACUUAAUAUGCUUUGUCACUGAGUGUUGCUUGCUGUUCUGUCUCAGCUCGCGGAGAACGAGGCUCGGAUGACGAUGAUGAUGAAGAGGGAGAGGUGGAUGAGGAGGAGAAAGAGAUGGUGAAGGAGAAUGAGGGGAAAGCCAGUGAGGGAGAGACUGAGAAGAAAACAGAACCUGAGACCACCCAG